AUGGCAGACGACUCAGCACCUCUCGAGCCCAAGGGUAAACAAAUUGCCUCUGAAGAUACCCUCGGAGAUACUACCUCUAUCCAAGCACAAGUCGAAUCCGAAAAUGAAGAGGAUAAUGAUGAAACAACCACUGGCGCAACUGACACGCCAGCUACCGGAAAGAAGAAGAAAUCAAAGAGAAAGAAGAUAAAGGCCGCACUAGGAGUAGGAGCAUCUUCAACUGGAUCAAGCGGAGAUACUACAAGAGACGACCUUUCAAAAGCUGUUGCGGGUCUCAGUAAAUCUCAAAUUGGAGAACUACUCGCAUUAAAUCCGGCUCUGGCACAACAAAUUGGUGCUGUUGAUGGCGAUCUGUCAGGGAAGCAAGCUGCAGAAGCUGUACGAAAGCUCAGUUUAGAGGAUAUCAUGACCGGUUUAGCCUCAAGCGGGAAGAACGUUAAGGAAAUGGGCGCAUACAAGUUUUGGCAAACACAACCGGUUCCUAAGUUUGGGGAAAGCUCAGAAGUUAUUGAAGAAGGUCCAUUCAAAAUUGUUGAUCCGGAACAAGUACCCAAAGAACCUGGUCCACUGAUAUCUGGAUUUAAUUGGGUUACAAUGGAUAUGACAAGUGAUGAGGCUUUGCAAGAAGUCUUCGAUUUAUUAUAUGGCCACUACGUUGAAGAUGAUGAAGCUAUGUUCCGAUUUAAUUACUCAAAGUCAUUCCUCAGAUGGGCACUUAUGUCGCCAGGUUGGAGUAAGGAGUGGCACGUUGGUGUUCGAGCUACUGCAUCAGGGAAGUUGGUCGCUUUCAUAUCAGCCAUACCAGUUGCACUUCGAGUACGAAACAAAACCCUCAAAGCCUCCGAAGUCAACUUCCUUUGCAUCCACAAGAAGCUCCGAUCGAAACGAUUAGCCCCCGUUCUCAUUAAAGAGAUUACACGUAGAUGUUACCUACAAGGGACAUGGCAGGCAAUCUAUACUGCUGGUGUUGUCUUACCUAAGCCAGUCAGUACAUGUAGAUAUUAUCAUCGUUCUUUGGAUUGGAAAAAGCUACACGAGGUCAAAUUCAGUCCCCUACCACCGGGAAGUACACCAGAGCGACAAGUUCGUAAAUUUGCUCUACCAUCGAAUACAUCCACUAGAGGAUUGAGACCUAUGGAAUCCAAAGAUAUUGAUGCGGUCUUGGAUCUUCUAAAGAAGUACCUCGCAAAAUUUGACAUGGCACCAGUUUUCACUAGAGAGGAAGUAGAGCAUUGGCUUUUCAAUAGAAUUGAGAAUCCUGCUGAGCAAGUCAUCUGGUGUUAUGUUGUGGAGGACCCUACAACCAAGAAACUCACUGAUUUCUUUUCAUUUUACUGUCUCGAAUCCUCCGUCAUUGGCCACCCCAAGCACACUAAUGUUCGCGCUGCCUAUCUUUUCUAUUACGCCUCAACGAUUGCCCUUGAUCCAGCUAGCUCUAGAACCGAUCUUGGUAAACGCCUCAAUGAACUCACACAUGAUGCUCUUAUCAUUGCAAAGAAAUUUAAAUUCGAUGUCUUUAAUGCGUUGACGCUUAUGGAUAAUACUUUGUUUUUGGAAGAGCAGAAGUUCGGUGCCGGUGAUGGCCAGUUACAUUAUUAUUUGUACAACUAUAAGGCGAACAACAUCGCGGGUGGUGUGGAUAAAAUGAAUAGGAUCCAUUCUGCCGGAAGUGGGGUGGGUGUCGUUAUGUUGUAA